UUUUCAAUCAUCAUGAUUGAUUGAUUUUUUUCUAUUGUUUUUAAAUUAUUUAGAAAUUAUCAUCAUCAUCAUCAUUGAAUUUCGUUCGAUAAAUUGAUUUUCGAAAACAAGUGAAAAUUAAAACGAAAUCAGCAAUAACAUUGAAAAAAAUACAAACGACAACCGUAAUAGAACAAACAAAGCCAUCAAUCAAUCAAUCCAUUUGAUUGGUUGAUUGGCCAUAACAUCGAAAAAAAAUGGCCAGAAGAAAAUCGACAGCAAAAAUUGCCGAUAAUAACAAUAAUACCAGCGGUCAACAACAACAAUCAUCAACAUUUAAUCGAACAAUGGCCAGAAAUAAAUCCGGGAAACAAGCAAAAACAACGACAAAAAAGACAAAAGGACGUCCAAAAGGUAAAACGAAACAACCGCAACAACAAUCGCAACAGCCAACAAUAUCGGUCACAAAAAGAGGUCGAAAACCUGGUAAAAAAUCUACAAUAACAACGAAUGAGCCAACGAAAUCAACACCAACAAAAACAAAUGCGACAAAACGUAAAAGAACGACAACCAACACUAUACGUUUAAGCCAGAAUCGUGGCAUACGUCGUCGACAUUAUUAUUCAAUCAGUAUGAAAUUAAAAGCAUCCCGUGAAUAUAUGCGACAAAAAUUAUCAACAUUAAAAAAUCAAUUACAAUUGAUACGUGAAGCACAAAAAGAUCCGGAUUUAGCACGAAAAAUGAUUAUUGCAUUGGAACGUUAUUGUGACAAAGUUGUUGAUCGUGUACGUAUUAAACGUAAAUCUCGUCAUAAAAUAAGUAAAACAGCUAAAAUAAAUGAAAUAAAAAAUAAGAAAAUCGAUUUGAAUACACCACAAUCAAUAUUAUGUGAUUAUAAUUGGACACAAUUAUUAAAUCGACGUAAUUUUGAUCGAUUACCAGCAUAUUAUCAAUAUCGUUUAACAAAAUUAUUGCCUAAAUGUGAUCAACAAUUAUUGGAUUCAAAUGUUAUCUGUCCUACCGAAACGGCCUUUACUAAUGAAUUUUUUUCCCGUGCUGUAAAUAAUUAUUUUAAUCGUCUUGUUGAAGGCAAAUUAACCAAUGAAUCUUUGGCCAAAAUUAAACGUGAAAUUGAAAAAACAAAAAAUCGUUUGGAUCCACUUAAAUUGAAAUAUUUUGAACCAGUAUUUCGUACACCGGAACAAGACUUACCAAAACCAAUGACUGAUCAGGAACGUUAUCAACAAGGAAUGGCAUUUAUGAAUGCAUUUGUACAUUGUGUAGAUAAAGUUAAACAAACACAACAUAAAAAACAAAGAUUAUUAUCAGCAAAUCAACAACAACCAUCCACAUCGGCUAAUCCUCCCCAACAACAGCAGCUAUUAAUGAAAAAACGACUAUGGGAUCAUUUACCUUCAUUAACUACUUAUACCGAUCCAAGAGUGCAGAAAAUGAUGGAUGAAUUAUCGAUUAAACCGAAACGUUCAUAUACGAUUGCCGAUGUGGAAAAGAAUCCUAAUCUAGCACCGUAUUUGAAUAAUCGUGAUAUGGAUCGUUUUGUACAUAGAAAAAUAUCAUCAUUAAUGUCACAAUUAUCGAUCGAUAUUGAUCCAAGACUUUGUUAUCGUUCUUGUGAUUCGCCACCAUCAUUAUCAUCAUCAACAACAUUGAGGACAACAAUCGAUACGAUCAAAGUGUUUGAUGAUGAUCGAUUUGAUCAUCAACAACCGGCUAGUGUUCAAUCGAAUGUUGUUGAUGAAAUUAUCAAACCUGAACAAUUUGAACAAAUUAAUGAUGUCAAUGUUAAUAGUAUCGAUACGGAAUGUAAUCUUGAAAUCGAACAAUUAAACCUUGACGAUCAACAACAAUUUGAUCAUUUAUUAUUGAUUAUGGAUCAGAUUUCAAGAAUCAAAAAUCGUCAACCAUCGAAACCAGUGCAGAAACGAAAAUCAUCAUCAAAAACAAAAUGGAUGAUUGCUUCGCCCACAACAUUACAACGAUGUAUUUCACCUGUCGUUUUUGCUGGUGAUAAUAAUAAUGAACGGGCAACAUUUUAUACGGCAACUGGUAAUAUGUUGACUAUGAUACCAUCGAAUGAUUCAAAGAUAUUUGAAGAAUUGCGUCAACAAUCCACAAGAUCUAUUCCGUUAUCGGAAUUUAAUCUAUUGACUAAUCGUAUUAAUAGUUCGAUAAUUCAGGAUCAAAAUCAAUCAACUUUGGAUAUGAAUCGUAAUUAUUGGCCAAAACCAACUAUGAAAAACCAAUCAUCAUCGAUGACACCAUCGCCAAUGAAAAAUAAAACUGCAAAAACACAGUAUUCAUCAUCAAUGAUUCAAGAUAAUUAUAGUCAAAUAAACCAACUCCCAUCACAAUGUUUUGAUCAAAACAUUAACAUUAAUAAUGCCGGUGGUGAAUCGUCAAAAUUAUCACCAUUAAAAGUGCAACCAAUACAUGUGAUAUUCGAUAAUAAUAAUGAAUCAGUACCAAAGAUUGUACUCACACCGUCACCAUCAUCAUCAUCAUCAUCAUCAUCAUCAUCGUCAUCAUCACCACAAUCAUUAACAUCGAUAUCGAAUCAGCCAAUAGCAGUUAGUUCAUCAAUGAUCAAUCAUAGUUCAUAUCCGGUUCAUAAUAAUAAUAAUAAUAAUAAUAGUGGUAUGGUUCAUCUAAAAUAUAAUAAAAAACAGCCAACUACCAACAAACAAAUGAUGACUGAAAUUCCAACAAAUAAUUAUCGUAUUAUUGAAUUGCCACCAUCAUCCUCUGCAUCGACUGAAACACUAGCCAAAUUUUGUACAAUACGAUCAUUACCAAUGCAUACAUCAUCUAUCGCUCAACAACAACAAUCAAUGAAACUUUCGAAACAUACAAUGAUUAUGCAACAACAACUACCGACAACAUCUUCAGCCAAUAUUGUUGUUGAUCAACCGAUAACCAAAACACCUGGAUUAAUGCCACCACCACCUAAUAUUCCGCCAUCAAAGCCAAAACGAAGACGUUUGGUGAAAAUGCCACGUUCACCAUUUAAAACUGUAACAACUUUACCAUCGAUUGUACAAAGUACAAUUCCUUCAAUCGGCUGUGAAUUGCUUCAAUCACCUUCACAGAAAAUUGUUCGAAUCGGUGGACCCAAUACUGUUAUCCAUCAUCAACAACAACAUCACCCAUUAUCAUCAUUAUUAAAAGUAGAAAAUAAUAAUGCUCAAAAUGAUAAUAUUACUUUGUAUCGAAUGCAGAAGCAAACUGCUUCCACACCAUCACCACCACCAUUUUCAUCAAUGGUCAAUAUGAUAUCACAACCAUCAUCACUACUACCACCGCAGCAUCAGCCGCAUCAACAACAUCGUAUCGAACCUGAACAAUCCAGUCAACAUCAUCAGCCACAACAACAACAUCAACGAUCAUCAUUCAUUAUGAAUCAGGUAACAACAACAACAACAACAGUUCCAACAGUUCGUACAACAAUGACAAUGACAACAACCGAAAGCAGUAUUCUUGCACAUCACCAACAACAACAACAACAAUUUGUUCCAAUAACAUCAUCAUCGCCGACGAAGAUCAACAACAACAACAAUCAAAACAUACAGCAAGCACAUAAACAACAAUUUGUUGUCAAUAUGGCAAUGAAUGAAAUAACAUUUGUUGGACAACAUCAGCCAUUAAUUUCAUCGAACAAUACAGCUAAAACAACACAACCACCACCAUCAUUAGCAUUGAAAAAUCGUCAAAGAAAAACACGAACGAUCAAUAUGAUUGAUACGAAUGAUAAUAAUCGAUAUAAUCGUCGUGGUCGACGUCGUACGGAAUUUGUCAACAAUAACAACAACAAUGUUGAUCAUGAUGAUAAAUGUUUGAUCAUAGAAUCCACUACUACUACUACUACUGCACCAACAAUUGAAUCGAUUAUUGAAACGGAAACUAAGCUGAUAGAAUCGAAUCUGGUGUCAGAAGAAAAAUCGGCUACUUUGACUGUAGCCAAUAAUACUACUAAUAGUGAUGAAGAUUUAGAUAUCAAAUCAACCGUACGACCAUCAACUUCAUCGGAUAUUGAUAUGGAUAGAAAAUAUGAUCAAGAACAAACAAAAAUAGUGAUGCCAGUUAUGACCGAAAUGCAAUAUCUAUGGCAAUGUACUUGUUAUCGAAAUUUUACUCGUUCUAUUCGUAUAUCGGCACGGUCAUUAGAACAUUUAGCCAUUAUAUUUCGGAUAUGGUUACAACAUGAUCCAAAAUUAUUAUCAAGUCAAUUGUUUGAUAAAGUUAUUGCCAAAAAACUAGAUACUGUACGUAGUACAUUGAUCAAUACGAUUAUGUCGAUUAAAGCAUUGAUUGCAUUGACACCAUCAUCACAAUCAACAAAAUCAUAUUCGGAUGCUAAACAAUCGUUCGAUAAUCAUCUGAUGAAUAAAUGGACAGCUAUGAAUGAUGAAAUUGUUAAAGAUCAUAAUUGUCCGGGUAAACAUCUAAUAGCUAAAUUUGAUUUUGUCGGUCAACAAGGACAGGAAGUAUUUCAGACAACAUUUUUUCUAUUAAUGUCCGAACAGGAAAAUCUACGUAAUUUAAACACUGAUCUCUAUAUAAAUAUGUCAUCGAAAUUUAUUGCCUAUCUUGAAUUUUUUAUCACUAUUAUGCGUUGUCGUUAUCAUCAUCAUCAUCAUCAACAUAAUUCUCGUCAUGAUCGUGGUCAUGGAUAACCACCAUCGUUGUGUAUGAAUUUGCCACUAUUUAAAAAAAAUAUAUAUCAUUAACACUGUACAUUUGAAAAGUAUUUAUUAUUGAA